GGGGGGGGGGGGGGGGGGGGGCAGUCCCCCCGACUUGGCAGCUUUUCCCGCCGCCCGCCGCCCGCGGAGCGAGGUCGGUGUCCUCAUCAGCCUCCUUUGCCUUCGCCACAGGGAUGCAGGGGACUUUAAGCGCCGGCCAGGCGCGGCGUCCCAGGCAGAGCGAGGGCGCGGCAGUCGCUCUCUCGGUUUGGCAAGUUUCCCGGAGGAUGACAGAAGAGGAGCCUCUGCCGGCGCUUACUCCAACGCGCUGCAGCUAGGAGCGCGAACCGCCGUGGACGGGAGAAGCAGCCGCUCGGCGCAUCAGCGUUCCCGAAGCCGGAGCUGAAGGCGAGGAAUGGCAACCCAACGCAGCAACGCAGACUGGAUGGGCUCCUUGCCGCCCGUCCUCAGCGCCCUGCCGCUUUCUACGCUGGCCAUCCCAGGUUCACAUGACUCCUUCAGCUACUGGGUGGAUGAGAAAUCUCCUGUGGGACCAGAUCAAGCCAUAGCAAUUCGGCGAAUAGCUAAAAUUCCUUUGGUAAAAAAGCUAAUGAAGAAAUGGUCAGUAACACAAAAUCUGACAUUCAAGGAGCAGCUUGACAGUGGAAUACGCUAUUUUGACCUCCGUGUAUCUUCCAAACCAGGUGAAGCAGGACAGGAAAUCUACUUUAUACAUGGCUUGUUUGGAACCACAGUAUGUGAUGGACUUAUGGAGAUAGAUAACUUCUUAACCCAUCAUCCUAAAGAAGUAAUUUUUCUGGAUUUCAAUCAUUUCUAUGCCAUGGAUAUGAAUCAUCACAUGUACCUUAUCAGCAAGAUUGAAGAAAUACUUGGAUCAAAACUCUGCACAAAAGAAUGCGUAGAAAAUGUAACACUGCAAAGUCUUUGGGAAAAGCAACAGCAGGUUCUUGUUUUCUAUCAUCAUUCUAUAUGUGAAACAUACCCCGUCCUAUGGGCAGGGAAUAAAAUGCCAGCUCCCUGGGCAAACACAACUAAUGUACAUAAACUACUGCAGUUCUUGGAGACCACCCUGAAUGAGCGAGCAAAACAUGGAACUUUCCAUGUUUCCCAAGCUAUUCUCACACCAAGAGUCAAAACUGUUGCACGGCACCUCAGCCGUGGCCUGAAAAACACUCUUGUUCACAGAAAUCUUCCUUUUAUUUUGAACUGGGUGAAGUUACAGAAACCAGGAAUCAUGGGAGUUAACAUCAUUACUUCAGACUUUGUGGAACAGGUAGACUUUGCAGCUACCAUCAUUGGAUUAAAUAAUCUCCUUUUAGAAGGUAAACAAAUCCUGAUUGUUUAAAGGGGAGAUUCAUUUAGGGGUAUUCCAUUCAUAUUGAUUACUCUAUUUCAACACUCCCAACCAUUUUUCUGUUUGACACAGUAUGAAGACAAAAUACUUACAUUGACCUCAAUACAUAGAGCUAAACUUGCAGCAUAGCACGUCCUUCUCUGACACACAUAGGAACAUUGUGCCUGCCUCUGUGGAAAUACAGGAUGUGAUGCUGGCUGACCAACUGGAGCUCAGCGCUACAACACAUGGAAAUUAUUAGCAGAGGCCUCUUCAUGGACUUGCUGAGUAUGUACAUCCUGCAUAUCAUGAAACCCGGAACUCUGGCUCGAAGGAUAAUAAUAAAUUAUAAGCUUGGCUUCAUCAGGUUAGCCAACAGUUUACCUCUGUGGAUACCUCAGGCAGAAAUAUGUGCUGCGCUUGUUUCAUUACUACUGUACAGUAUAUAUUCUGCUACCUCGGUCAUUCUUUAGGGAAAUAUCAUUUCUAUUGUUUGCUGUGGUAAAUCUUUGGUAAAUACAGUAAUGUGUGUAAAUGUGAGUUAAUUAUGUGUUUAGACCUCCAUUUUUUACUUGAACUUGCAUUUUAAUUUAUUAUUUUGAAGUAUCCUAACUGGGUACAAAGAGGAAUUAUUUUAAAUGCAACACUAUUUAUUUUGUGGAUUUUUUUUUUAAGUCCUAGAUUUAGAAUCACUUCUGAGAAGUAAGAGGCUAAUACCACCUAACCUUUAACUCAUUCUGGCAUAAUUCACUUCUAGCAUAUUGGAAUUUGCACAGAAGAAUGUAAAUAGGAUAUGGUACUCCAGGGUACAAUGUAUCAGCCAUUUUGUAGAAUUUAUUAAUACAAUACUUUUCAAAUUGUAAACAAUAUUUAUUUAUUUAUUUAUUGUAAAAAAAAAAAGUAUGCUAUCCUAUUGAAAGGUUGUAGCUGGAGAAUUUAUAGUUAUUUUCCUAAAUAUCUGUUUGGAAAUUUCAUAUAAUACAUUUAUAGUACUUUGCAUUCUUAACAUGCACUGAAUGUUUUAAUGAGGAGGGAAGAAAAGAUUUGAAACAAGUUUGCUUCAAGUUUGGAGCAAACAAGUAUUCUUCAGAAAUACCAGUUGCAUAUUGGAUGUUCUGAGUAUCCAACCUAUUUCAGGGAUCAUUUCAGCCACUGCAACGAUGAACAGACAAUGAAGGCAGUAUUGACAUGUCAUCCGAAAAGACUGACAUACCUUAAUUUUCUGCAGGGCUUGGACUUCUUUUAUUCAUUCAUUCAUUUAUUUAUUCAUUAUUUAUUUAUUAAAUGCAUAGGUGGCAUAGACACUGGGCUAUUUGCAACUGUGAAAAACAAUCAAAACCAUACAAUAUAGAAUUGAAAGGAAGUCUGGAGAAGAAUAGCAAUCAAUUAAACAAGCAAAAGAGUCUGCAAGGGGUUAGACUCCAUGCUAAUCCAGGUCCUGGGAAUAAAGCCACGUUUUAAGGAUUUGCCUAAGCAGGAUCAGGAUGUUUUAUCAUUGUUACAACCUGAGGAGGAAAUCAUUGGGUAUCCACAGGAAAUAUCCUAAAUGAGUGUUUUUCAACCUUAGUCACUUGAAGAUGUAUGGACUUCAACUUCCAGAAUUCCUCAGCUAGCUGUGCUAUGCUAUGCUGACUUGGGAAUUCUGGGAGUUGAAGUCCACACAUCUUCAAGUGGCCAAGGUUGAAAAACACUGUCCUAAGUGAUUUAAGUUCUUCUGGUGGUUGAUAACUAAGGGAUUACCCUCAGUUUUUGCUGUAUAUUUAUUUGAAUAAAAUAAUUAUUUCCUGUUACAUCAUGGCAACAACAUUUUACAGUUUUUUUUUUGUGUGUGUGUGUGUGUGUGUGUGUAGAGUUUAAGACUUUGCUUUCAAGUUGAAGUUUUAGCAUAAAAGAACAAUGAAAAUAUAUGGUGUUUUUGUCAUUGGGAUUAAGAAAAGAAUUCUAGUGGUCUCAGAUAAGGAGAUUGAAGCCUGCCCUUAAGGAAUUUUUAUUAUCAUAUGGGGGAGAGAUUUUUCACUAUAAAGCUCUGAGUUGUUUGCAUCAUCCUCAUCCUCAUUGAAAUCUGUACCACUUUAAACUCUUAACUCAGAGGUGAACCAUGCUGGUUCAGGAACUCUGGGAGUUGAAGUCCAUAGUUCAUAAUGUUGCUAUAAUUGUCCAUCCUUUUCUAACUUGUACUAUUUAUGACCUAAUUCACAAUUUGACAAGUCUCCCUUCUUUGAACUUGAGGUAUAUAUUUAUAAUAAUCCACUGGGCUGAAAUCAUUUUUGUAGUCUAUGAAAAUCACUUGAUGUUUGAUUAUUGAUGAUUAAAUAUUGAUUAAAAUUUAAUCCAAAGUAAACCAGUAUUAAUAUUUAAUUAAGCUGUUAUAUUAAGCAGGUUCUUUUGGCAAUUGUUGAUUCCGUACCUGGAAAAGGAUACAGAUGAACAAGGCCAGUAUUGUCAGGACUUUGUAUGCAUUUUCCACUGUUAAUUUAUUUUUCUGUUAAUUAUUUAUAGAGUAUUCCAAAUCAUUACAUUCGCAUUCUAGUAGAGUAUAGGACUUUCUUAGGAAAGGCACUGGAAAGCUGGUGGAUUGCACCUGCUUUUGUGAAGUAUUUUGCAGCUCGGUGCUUGCCUUUAUGAACUUUAUCCAAGAUUUGCAGAAUUUGGCCUGUUUGAUUAAUUCCAUUAUGAUCUGAAAGUCUUACAAAAUUCUAUGGUUAUCUUCACAUAGCAAGACCGCUUUAACAAAACAAUUGCUGGGGGGGUGGGUGUCACAUAACAUCUAUACCCAGACAAUAAUGGUUCAGUGUGGUGACUUGUUCACAACCUUGCUGCAAGUAUACCAGUGUUUCACAACAACAAAAAGUGGUUUGAACCGCCUUUUUCAGAUUUUUCUUAAUUUUUUAAGAUUAUGUUUUUUGUUGUAUUGAUAAUAUUUUUUUUUUGGUUAGGUAUAAAUGGGAUUUCUUCUUUGUAUGGGGAUUUCUUUUAUUUAUUGUAAACUGCCUAGCUUGUCUGAAGCAGGCUAUAUGCAGAUUUUUAUAUAAAUAAACAUUGGGCUAUAAAUUAUUCUACACAAUUUCAUCUAAUGUAACACAUGGUCCAAACUCAACCUUUAAGUAUUCUCUGUAUACUUUUCCACAGGAAACCAUUUCAGGGGAACCCAAGUGUUGGAUUUUGUCCAUUGAGGAAAUUGUAAAUACUGUACUAUGUUAUACAAUUCCAACCUCACUCAUUCAUACAUUCAUGAGGCUCGGCAUUAUCAGCCUUCUUCAGAUGGCCUUCCUGUCUAGAUGGCCAACCAUUAAUCCACUUUAUUUCUCUGAAAUCUGUAGAAUAUUAGCACUGUAUCUUUCUUAUAUUUAGCUGCUUCAUAAUUCCUGUUUUUCAGUUAUACAAUUUCUGUUAUUUUACCUGAAGUGACUGUUGAUAGCAGUGUAUUGUUCUUCCCUUCAGGUCUCUCAGAUAAUUAUGUCAUGAAAAAUAGCCAAUUUUAUGCACCAAUUUUUGGGUAAUGUUUUUUCUUAUCUUUAUUAUUAUAAUAUGUAUUUUUAACUACUGUAUGAUUCUCCUAAUCAUCAAGAAACUGAACUAAUCUUCAGAAAUAUUUGUUUUUAUUCAGGGGGAUAAAUAGGAAAUAAAGCUUUUCUUUUAUAUUUCCAAUUUUGUACCCUAAAUCAUAAUACUGAUAUUUUGAUUUAUAUUAAUAAAAGUGAAGUAUGAGUAUAUAUGGUUGCAAAUUAAUAAAAUAUUAGAAUAUUAUGUAUAUUUUCUUUAAAUACUGUAUUUGUUAUCUCAUUUUAUGUGAAAUCUGAAGGAACUCAGAUUUCUUACUUUUUUUUAGACUUUGAUUUUUAUCCCUAACAUUGUACAUUUCAACUUUUUGUUUAGAAUGCCAGUUUUACUAUUAUAUGUUUAUUGCAAUUGUUUUGAGUAUUGUAAAAUGAGAAUACUUCAUUUUAUUUGUGCACAUAACAUCCACAGUAUUUUUUGUCUUUCCCAUUUAUUUAGUGCUUUGUUUUUAAUCCUGAAAAGCCUGGAUGUAACUGUGCUAUCUGGAUGAAUACCAUACAGUUAUUGUAUGCACAAUAAAAGUUUUUUGAUAUCUAGUA